AUGUCGACCAUCGCUACACUUAAUCUUAUUCAACUACAGCUUACCAAUGUAUUGGGGGCACUUAUGGUUGUUGGUGUUUUUGGAAAUAUAUUAAAUUGUCUUGUAUUUCUUCGAAAGAGACUACGUUCAAGCCCAUGUUCAGUAUUCUUUGCUGCUGCAUCGAUUGCUAAUCUGAUAGUCAUGAUUUACUUUAUCAUCCCAACUAUAGAUUCAGCAUACAAUGCGCCAGCAGAAAAUUCAAAUCUUAUCUAUUGUAAACUUCGUUUGUACAUUCGAAAUGCUUUAUUGGUUAUUUCAAGAUGUUAUUUAACACUGGCUUGUGUUGCAUGUUAUGCUCAAUCGUCGAGAAAUGCUCGCAUACGUGAAAUGUUUAAACCAAAAGUUGUUCUACGAAUCAUUGUCUGUAUUCCCAUUAUUUGGUUCAUUAUACCAUUACAUAUUCCACUAUCGACAACUAUUAAAAAUGGAAAAUGUUCAAUGUGGGCAGGCCCGAUAGCUCUCUAUCAUUCCCUCUACAUUUGUUUUGUUGCUGCCAUACUGCCAACUAGUCUCAUGGCUAUAUUCAGUUUCAUGGCAUAUAGAAAUUUACAACGUAUGGCACAUAAUGUACAUCCCGUUAGUAAUGCUGCACAACAACAAGAUAAUCAACAUUCAGAAAAAAUGCGUCUUCAACAAUGUGAUCGACAAUUAAGUACGAUGUUGUUUGUACAAGUGAUUGUGUAUAUGAUAUUUACUAUAUCUUAUCCAAUUAAUACACUAUACAAUGCAGUUGUUCUAAUUAUUGGCAGACCAAAAUCAACUGAACGAGCAGCAAUUGAAAAUUUCGUAUUAUUUAUGACAUCUUCGUUUCUUCUAAAUUUUUACAGUGCAACUUCAUUCUUUGUUUUUCUAACGUCAGGUGCAUUUCGAAAAGAAUUACGGCAAGUCUUUUUUCUGCAUCAAAUCUUAAUCAACUAA